AUGAAAGAAGCCGUACUUCACUAUCAACAGUUACUUGAAGAUUUUUCUUAUAAAAAUCUUUCAGAGAUUAAACCUGAAACUUAUGUAGAUGUAUAUGCAAUUGUUGUGGAUACAAAACCCUUUAAAAGGAUUUCAAACGGAAGACAGGAUUAUAUUUUUAGCAUUACUUUAAUUGAUCCUAGUUUAAAUGGCGAAAGUAUAACGGCUAAUUUCUUUAAAUCAAAGACUGAAUCACUACCUCAAGUCAGAGUUGGAAGUAUUCUCGUUUUAAAGAAUAUAAAAGUGAAUGAAUUCAAUAAUAGAAUUCAAUUGGCUAGCAGUAACAGAACACUGUAUACAGCUUUUGAUCCCGUAUCAUUAGAGGAAAAGCCUUCUGUUGACGUAUUUUAUAAAAUAGAAGAUCAUGAAAAGAUAAUUAUAAGGGCGUUACAUUCUUGGAAUCAACAAUACAUGUCGUUGAUUAAAGAAAAGCGGGUACAGAUGGCUACCAUUAUCAAACGACCUAUUUUGCAAACUGAUCAAUUAAUCCAUAACCCCGCUAUGUAUUUCGAUUAUAUUGGCAUGGUUGUAGCAUAUAAUCGCCCAGAUUCUAGAUCUGUAGUCGAUUUAGUUUUAACUGAUUAUACCAUUAAUCCCAAGCCCUAUUUUAAUGAUGAAUAUAACGUAAAGGGUAUUUCAUAUGAAUUCUUAUUACAAUGCACUUUAUGGGAUAAUCAUGCAGAUAAUUGCCCUGAAUUGAACUUUGGCGACUAUGUGUUUAUUGAGAAUUGCACUCGAAAUGCUAGAAGCCAAUCUUUAGAGAUUAGUGUAAAAGGCAAUAGAAGCAAAAAGCAUCAAUUAACAGUGUUAGAGGAGAAAGAUCCUUCUUUGAAAAAUUUACUUGAGAGAAGGUUAAAGUUUGAUGGUACAUCAGAAACAGUUAUAAAAAGAGAUAUAACCAAAUCUAUAUCUUCUAUUCGAACAAGCUUAACUUGCUCAAGGACUAUUAAUACAGUUAAAGAUAUUUUAGAAAAGGAGAAAGCGGGAAUAUACUUAUUACGAGCUUUUAUUCUUAACUAUCAGCCAAAAGACAUAAAGGACUGGAUCCGAGGUUGGUGUUCUACAUGUCAAAAAACUUAUAACGAUCCAUCAAAACCAUGUAUAAAUUGUAAGAAAGAGGUAGAAAUCAUCUAUCAAUUUGCCUUUCUUAUGGAAGAUGAAACAGGAAUGAAAAUAAUCGUAUAUGGAUUUGAAAAAGAUGCUGAUUUACUGUUUUCUAAAGUUCCAGCGAGAGAAGCAUAUCUGGAUGCAUCAAAGUUCGAGGAAUUAAAAAGAAUUGUUGGAGCAAUAUGCAAUGAAGAAAAUAUUUAUUUUGAUAUGAAUAUUAUAUCUUAUGAUAUUCCAAAGUUAGGUCGUUGUUAUAGAUUUUGCGAAACCGAGUUCAUAACUGAAGAUAAGAAUGAAGAAAGAUAA